UAAAAGGAAGAACACACAGGAAGGAAAAACUCAUCUGGUUUAAAUACAUUAAAAAGGGUCCUUAAAUAUAUUAUUAAAAUAAUUCGUUUGAUAUUUUUAAACCGCACUUUUUUGCUUUACGGUACCAUUUGUUUUGCGCAUUAUAAACACUAAUUAAUUACACACCCCAGAUAAUUCAUAUAUCGUAGAUACUUAAUAAUUUUUUUUUUGUUUUUAUAAGUAUUGUUUCUGUGUUUAUAAUCAAUCCGUUAAUCUCCUUCUAGCCAGUUAAUGAGCGCGCUUCCUCUCGCGCUCGGGUUCCGUCUUUCAUCCGCAACGAAAUGAUCAAACGGUGACCGCGCGCGCGCUACUCUAAGCGUCUCUCCUAAUCCUGGCCUCUUAAGUAACUGAUAACGCGACCCGAGUGUGAGAUAGAGCAGGAGGCGGGAAGUUCUGGUCACCAUCCCCUCGCUCGUUUUAACUCGCUUUGCAUUGCAAACCUGCCGUGCACUCUUAACUCUUUUUUGACAUUUUAGCCCUUCAUCUGCUGAAAAGCACCUGCUUCAGUAAGGGUUCCCCCUUGCAAGCAUCACUGGGCUGAUGUUUCAGAGUGUUUCAGCCCUGGGAUGUAUGAAGGGAAACACAUUCACUAUUCGGAGGUGGACCACAAGCCUCUGUGUUCGUACAGCCCGAAGCUCUGCAAACAGCGCAGACUUAACGGCUAUGCUUUCUGCAUUCGGCAUGUUUUGGAGGACCGGAGUGCCCCUUUCAGGCAGUGUGAAUAUGUAGCCAAGUACAACAGCCAACGCUGCACCAACCCCAUCCCUACGACCCAAGACCGCAAAUAUUGUAGCAGUCACCUGCAAGUAAUGGGUGUCCUGCCAAAAAAAGAGAGAAAGAAGAAGCAAGACACUCUCGAAUCUCUGGCCCUUAACAUCACUGUGCCCUCUCUGGCUCUGAAGGCUUCUAAUGACCUGGACCACUUACUCCCAUCUUCACCCUCCUCACUCGCCCGCCUACUCCCGUUGGACCCAUAUGCCUUCUUUAAGGUCGAUAAGGUAAAAAAAGAAAGCCCUAACUUGGGAAAGAAAAUCGCAAACCGCUCAUUUAAUCCUAAACAGAAACAUAAAGAUCACACUGCAGCCCCUGCCAUCUCCCCACCUUCCGUCUCCCUUCUUCCCCAACAGGCUGUAGGGCCUCCUCGAACUCCUUUAGUAUCCAAAUCCCCUCCUAAAUCCAUCUCACAACAUGCAAAACCUAAGUCAGGGCCAACAUGCACAACAGCUCCUGCUCAGGCUGGUCACCACACCAUGACCACUGCCAGUCUCAAACCAGAGAUGCGUCCAGAGCCUGCUCUCGCCAAACGAGCCGAACCUCCAGCUCCAAGCAGUGCAAGCGUGCAUAUGGAGCCAGCAAAGGAUCUGAGAGCGCCAGUACAACAUCGGACUCCAUGUUUGAUGCAGCUUCACAGGCUGAUGGAGGAGCAAAGACGAAAGCGUGAAGAUCUGAGACCUCAUUUCGAUCUGGACUGGUCCGAGGACAGCGGAGAGGAGGAAGAGAGCCAGGUGGAGAAAGUGACAUUGUCUAAGUAUCAGAGACCACAGGACAAGAGUUCUUCUGGUUCUGGAUCCCGCGGGGAGCGGCUGGCGGGGCUCUGCGGCUAUUUGAAACAGAGGCACAGACAAAUGCGUAAGGAGGAAAGAGGCUUCAGGAAAGAGAGAAAGUCCCAGCACGCUCUUCGCAAAGCUUUGCUUCAAGCAGCCGCACACGACCCUGAUCACGCCGCUCCAAUAAUUCAGCAGCGUCGUACUGAAAUUUCAGCCACCUCCAGUACUGUAGGCAGCUUAGACUCAGGACUGUGUGUGGCCCAGGUUAACGGCAAAGCCUGCACUAACCACUCCUUGCCUUUCACCAGACAUUGCCUCCAACAUAUCCUGCAGAACAGGUCACAGCAGCUGUUCUCGAGCUGCACUGCGCGUUUUGCGGAUGGGGCGCAGUGUUCCGUGCCAGUCUUCGACAUCACACAUCAGACGCCACUCUGUCAGGAGCAUGCCAAGAAAAUGGAUAACUUCCUCCGUGGAGACGUCAGCCGCAGAACGUACCAUCACCAGCAGCAGCUGCAGCAACGCCGGCGUCUAAAGAAGGCCAAGCUUCCAGCAUUGAGCAAAAAACAGAAGAAGAAAGGCAGGAGAGGAGCAGUUCGCCGACCUCAGAAACCCAUCCCUCCCGCACUGCCCCAGGGUAACCUGGGAAUGCCCUCUGUCCUGUGCCUACCGACACAACCAACCGGGAUCAGCAGUCCUUUGACCCCUGGCCUGAGUGCUGAUGAGUUUCCGGAUGACAUCACUAGUGACAUCAGUGACAUUCCUCAUGACCUGGAACUGAAUCAGGAAGAUUUUUCAGAUGUUCUGUCCCGAUUCCCAGAUGACCUGCAAGACUUUGAUCUGUUCGAAGGUAAGCAAAGUGAGCUCUUACCUACGUCAGAGGAAGCUGAGGAACUGGUAAGGGUACUGCAGGACAUGGGGUCCUACCCAGAAUCUCUGGCAUGCCUGAGCAGUAUAGGUGAGCUGAGUCCGGUUGAGGGCUCAGACUGCCGCGGGAUGGAAGGCGGUGUCAUGGACCUGCUCGGUGCUCGUCUUUCAGCCGAAACUUUGUCCAGUCUUGAGCUGGACCCUAGCCUGCUUCAUACAACAGAGGACGCCUUCCCCCCAUCCCCACAAUCCCCACCUCCUUCCAUAAGUCACCUGAGGGACAGCAUGCGUCCACAGAGGCGUCACUUGGCGCACAUCGACGACUCCAAAGACGAUCUGGUAGAUGAGGACGUGUCCCACGGCUCUUGGGAAGUCCUCGCUCUGCCUCUCGGUGACACCACUCAACUCCACAAUCUCAUCAGCUCAGACGGUCUGCUCAUGUCCACAGCGUUGUCCACGCCACCGACUCCAAUGCCAACAGCACCUUGCCAACCCACCGCCUCGCUUUCCUCAUUACCGGAAAGCAGCCUGACCAUCCCAGUCACUUCCUCUUCUUCUUCCUCCUCACCCCGGGUAGACUUCCUGUUCCCAGGGCAGCUUAAACACACACUUCCUUCUUUGUUCAGCCACUGCGGAAUUCCUGCUGACCUGCAGCCUCACCACAGCGCUCCAGCGCCCACUAUGGACCAGACCUGAGCGGCCAUCUGGAACAAUUACAAGUGCACAUCUCUUAAUAUUCAGGGAAGGUUUUCCUUUUAUAACUUGCAUGGGUUCUUCAGCUUAACCGCUCUAUCUUCCCAUAACCUACUGGGGUUUUUUUUGUCACUUGCAAACCGCAGAGCAAUAAGGAAACCCCACGAGCAAGAGUAUAUGGCACGCUUAUUUUCUACAACAGAUAAAUUAGAUGGAUUUUAGCCAUGGAUGCACACCACUCGUAUUCUUAUAUAUAUGCAUAUUUAAUAUAUUUAUAGAUUAGUGAUGUGCACAGCUAGUUUUAUUGCGAAGUCCAUAUAUGUGGAAAUGUGGUUACUCAUCUAGAAAUAACCUGAAAUGGUUAAACGGAAGUACAAACAAAGGCAAGAACAAUGUCACAGAUGUGUCAGUUGUCCCCUCUCGUCCUGUAAUGAUUAAAGUGGUUAUAUCGGCGGCUGGUGUUUGUGCUUUUCGUAGCUGUUCUGCUGUUGGGUUUUGCUUUUUUUUUUAUUGUCAAACACCAUGGAAACUACGUAAACCUUUCAUAAUCAGUGUACUGCAAAUCAAUAGUGUCCUUUAAAAAAAAAGAGCUAUAGAUAUGCUUAAAAUGUCUUUGUUCUGACCAUCUCAUUCUGUAUAUGUGAUGUAACACCGAGACCAGGAAGCCAUAUUUUUCGGCUUUCAUGUUUGCAAUUAAUUUUCAGAAGAAGUUUUGUCGAUUGUGUCAUGAAUAAAAGCUCGGUAACGCACGCAUCAUCCCAAGGUCUCCGUAAGAAACGGGAUUGUAUUAACUAUCUUCACAAAUACCGUCACAACAGUCUCAUAUCCUGACAUGACAUGUAUUUUUAGUCGAAGGCAAGUUGAUGUGUGAUUGGAACAGUGAAAGAGUGUGUUAGAUUUGGGUAGGCCUGCCUGUGUAUCAGAUAAUGCUGCUUUUAUCAGUGUCAAUAACAGUAUAUUAUUCCUACAUAAACAGAGAAGCUGUUUUUUUUUUUGUACUCCUGUUUACUGAAUGUAUUGAAUGAUGGAAGGAUUUGUUUAUCACCUAAUAGGAUUUAUCGCCCCCUCUGCUUUGUGUCUUGAUAUGUCUACUUUUUGUUACUAAAGUGUGUGGAUGUGGGUAUGUGGCAAACACAGAUGUGUCUUUUUUUGUUGUUUUAUCAGAAAUGCGUAAAUUAAAUUGGCUAUGAAUA